CUACACCCAUUAACCUAAAGUUUGUACACAUUGUUCAGCUAUCAAAUUGUUUUCCAUCACUUUCCCGUUACGGUUCAAUACUCCCAGUUCUACACUAGGUGUAUUCCCGUAAAGAAACUGGGGCUCAGAGUGGUGGAGCGAUUCGCCUAAGGCCAGGCACUAGAAGCUACUCCUCACAGAUUUUUCUCCGCUAUCUCCCUAUUAAGUCUCUGCACCCUGAGCUUGAGUUUGAGCGAAUUUUGGUCUCAGCCUCAAGAAAACAGGAUCCUGCGAUCUGAAGCUAACCCGCACAGAACAGCUAGGGAAACUGAGGUCCAGAGCCGGGACUCUGCGCCUGCAGAGACGACAGAGAAGGGGGCGCGUCCUGCCCAGCGGGCCGCCUCCUCCCGCCCCACACGCCGGGGUCCCCUCCGCCUUGUCUUUGCCCUCGCCAAGACGCCACCUCGGGAGUGAACCAUGGUUGCAGCUGUGGCGACGGCGUGGCUGUUCCUGUGGGCCGCGGCCUGCGCGCAAUCCGAGCAGGACUUCUACGAUUUCAAGGCGGUCAACAUCCGGGGCAAGCUGGUGUCGCUGGAGAAGUACCGUGGCUCGGUUUCCCUGGUGGUGAACGUAGCUAGUGAAUGUGGCUUCACAGACCAGAACUACCGAGCCUUGCAGCAGCUGCAGCGGGACCUGGGCCCCCAUCAUUUUAAUGUGCUUGCCUUCCCUUGCAACCAGUUUGGCCAACAGGAACCAGACACCAACAGGGAGAUUGAGAACUUUGCCCGCCGCACCUAUAGUGUCUCUUUUCCCAUGUUUAGCAAGAUCGCAGUCACUGGCACUGGUGCCCACCCUGCCUUCAAGUACCUAACCCAGACUUCUGGGAAGGAGCCCACCUGGAACUUCUGGAAGUACCUAGUGGACCCAGACGGAAAGGUGGUGGGAGCGUGGGACCCCACUGUGCCAGUGGCGGAGAUCAAGCCCCAUGUUACAGAGCAGGUGAUGAAGCUCAUCCUUCGGAAACGAGAAGACUUGUGACCGGGUCCCCCUGGAACCCCCAUCCCUCCGCAAACUCAAGUGGUGCUUCACUGGCAGAGAGCUAACGCUUCUCUUCCCUUCACUCCUCAGAGGACAAAGCCUAAGACUUGGAUGAUUUGAAUCCAAGAGCAACGAACAGGAACGGCUUGCUGGCCAGGGAGAGUUCUUAACAGCACAUCACCAGCCAGCGGGCCUCUAGCCAAAGGAAACAUGGCAAGGCUAUGAAGAAAACAUGUAGAUGGAUAUGAGGCAAUCCUCUGCCUACCCAUGCCAAGUCUUACCUCACUGGGAGGCUGUGAAGAUUAACAUCUAAUACCCGUGAACAUGCCUGGGGCAGUGCUAGCCGAAGGGGAAGCACUCCGCACAGGUUUCUGCGUGUAAACAAACAUUAUUUGUGAUAAUAAAACCUGAGUUUGACAUACA